ACACACAGAGCCGAGUGGACACAGAAGGUAAACCAUUUGGUUGUGAUGAUUGUGGAAAAAGAUUUAUAGCACUGGGAGAUCUAAAGGAACACAUGAGAAUUCACACGGGAGAGAAACCAUUUGGUUGUGAUGAUUGUGGAAAAAGAUUUAAAGCACAGGGAAAUCUAAAGAAACACAUGAUUAUUCACACAGGAGAGAAACUUUUUUGUUGUGAUGUUUGUGGGAAAAGAUUUACACAACGGAUAAGUCUGAAGAGACAUAUGACACUUCACACAGGAGAAAAAAGAUUUGGUUGUGAUGAAUGUGGGAAAAAAUUUUCUGAACGCGGAACUUUAAAGACACACGUGAGAAUUCACACAGGAGAGAAACCAUUUGGUUGUGAUGUUUGUGGGAAAAGAUUUACACAGCAGGGAGGUUUAAUGCAACACAUGAAAGUUCACACAGUAGAGAAACCAUUUGGUUGUGAUGUCUGUGGGAAAAGAUUUACAAGAGAGGGAAGUCUAAAGAAACACGUGAGAAUUCACACAGGAGAUACACCAUUUAGUUGUGAUGAUUGUGGAAAAAGAUUUGUAGCACAGGGAGAUCUAAAGAAACACAUUAUUAUUCACACAGGAGAGAAACCAUUUGCUUGUGAUGUUUGUGGUAAAAGAUUUACACAGCAGGGAAAUUUGAAGCAACACAUGAAAGUUCACACAGGAGAUAAAUCAUUUGGUUGUGAUGUUUGUGGGAAAAGAUUUACACUGCAGGGAACUUUGAAGCAACACAUGAAAGUUCACUCAGGAGAGAAACCAUUUGGUUGUGAUGUGUGUGGGAAAAGAUUUAAAUGGAAAGUAGAGUUUAAUCGACACCUCAAAGUCCACAAAGAAUAAAAAUUCUUUUAGUUUUUUUGUUGAAGGCAAAUUAGGUAAAUGUGUUGGUAAGAGCCUGAGCAGGUUUCAUUGUUUUUUUUUAUUGUUUUUUUUUCUUUGUCUUGUCUUUGCUUCAAAAAAUGCAAAAUGUUUCAAAUGAAUGUGUCAGAGUUUUUUGUAAAUCAGAUCGAAGGAAACAAUGUUUUUAACUCUCUCAAUCAAAUAUAAAUAGUAUAAUAUAAUACUUUGUUUUGUACUAAAACACUUUCAUUUACAGCUCCGAUACUUUCUUCUGUACUUUUCUUGAAAUAAGAUAUAUGUGACAGUAAACUCCCGAACUGAUUGUUAUCAGUGGGAAAGUGCAUUAUUUCGUUGCCACUUUUAAAUAAAUUCU